CUUCGCUACCCCUUGCCCCUUGACUUUAUUUCUUUCAAUAUUGGAUCAGCUGCCUAUAUAAUUCUUUCGUUUCAUUAAGACCUUUUACCUUGACACCGCUUCUUCCCUGACCCUUGCCGCUAUAAACCACCGAUACCUCAAUUUUCAGCAUUUCUAUUUCAGUGGUUCCCACUCGCACAUUAAGCAUCCUGCCCAAGUCUGUUACGGUCGCCACAUUGUGAUAGCUAUUGUAUUAUCAUCACCUCCAUAUCUGUCUGACACACCUGCGUCGCAUAUUAUAUAACCGAGCACUUGUAUUACUCUUUCCUUUCUAUCCCUUCCUGCCUCAAUCCCCUUCCUCCCGCUUCCUCUUUCUCUACAUUGUCUCCCCUGAGUUCUUUUCUUAUUUCACUCUUGGCUUUCUCACUUGCCUCAUCUGCCACAUUUGCCGUUCAUACGUUGAGGACAAAUUGUUCUGUGAAACAAACAUUAAAAUCACGAUGAGCCCUGUCCCUAAUGCAUUUUCGGACCUCUUUAACUACUGCACGCUCGUAGUGCCCGACCAAGCAACAGCACAGGCGCCAAUGACAAACGCCGUCAGCUACGCUGCUGCUGCGACCACAGCAGGCGGCCCCGAGCCAAACGACAUUCCUCUGCAGCCAUCACCAAGCAGUGAUGUCCCGGUGCCGCCACCAUCGUCUGUUAAUGGCAUCCCGGACGCCCCUCUUAUCGACCAGUCAGCCAUCAGCUCACCACACUUUGCACUGACAGUCAAUGCCCCUCAGGGUACACGCGCCCCCGACACUUCCGUGGAUGGUGUUACCCCAGGAUCUCCCUCCGCCGAGGCAGCAGUGGCUACAACGACGCCAGCCGACCUACAGGCGUCGCUGCUCCUACAGCCAUUUGCAGCCAAUACGGUUGCGCCGGCAUGCACGUCGCCGCUGGACAUGCUGAUAGCUGCACUGGAGCCAGCACCAACUGGCCACGCUUUCACCAGCGAGUGCAGCACCGCCAAUGCCUACCAGAGCGCUCCAAAUACUGCCACAGCCAUAUGGAGUCCCGAUGGUGCUGGCCACGCAGAGUAUGCACCAUUUCCCUGGACUGCAGGGCAGUCAGCACAGCCCAUUGGACGUACCCUGGGCCGGCCGCAAGAUGGCCUGGCAAAUUCGUCGUACUCUGGAAUUCCCAGGGAAUCGGCGCGCAAGACCUCACAGCCAGCUGGAAUCAAGCGUCCUUAUACCGAAUUUGACAACCUGCUUUCUGCUGCCGACAUGUACGCCAAUGGGCAGAUUGGCGACCCGAUUCACUCGCCCAGCAAGCAGCCUCGCCUACAACCAGCGCCGCAACCGCCAGCGCUUGUGAGCGGCCCGUCAUAUGCGGGUGAUCCGGCCACAUCGCCAUAUACGAGUGUCGGAGUGCCACAGUCGACAGCGGCUGUGGACUCGGUCACUGCCGCCGCUGCUGCCGCCGCUGCCGCGGCCAGCAUGGCAUAUUCCGCUGCAUUCCCGUACUCUACCAAGCGCUCGACGGUAGCUGUUCCUGAUCCAACAAUGCAUCUUCAGUACCCGAGCAUGUGCUUUGGAUCGCUCCCGGCACCAUCACAGCAGCAGCCACCGCCGCCUCCACCGCUAGGGCACCCACACACGUACCCACAUAUAGCUCCGCCACAGGCACACCCGCCUAUGCACAUGUCGUUCCAUAUGGGCAGCAGCGAUGCAAGCGUGCACCCACUUCCUGCAGGCUACCUGUUUGGGAAUGCUGGUGGCCCUGCCAUGGCCCACGCGCAGCACCCACUGCCCGAAUUCCUUGCUACCACUCCGAUCCCAGCAAUUCCAGGGCAGACUCCGCGGCGUGUGUCAAUCCCGGAUCUGACCCCGACGGCAGAGGAAGAGCGCAUCGGCGCCAAGGCCCGUCCACGGCGCCAGAAACUGCGCUUUCACGACGAUCUGUACACGCCCAUGUGGGGAUUCUGCGAUACGUGUGCUCCGGGCAAAUGGCUGCAGCUCAAGAACAGCGCGUACUGGUACCACAAGCAGUUCUUCCAUGGGAUCUCAUCGGUAUCGGGGCGGCCAUUCGUGCGGCCACUGCAAGCACGCCAUUUCGACGCUGAUAUCAUCGAGGGACUCUGCCACCAGUGCCGCCAGUGGCGCAGGAACAGUGUCUUGUGGUUUAGACACGCCCACAAAUGCCACGUCUAUCACAAACCGAAGCCUGAAAAUGAGACAGACGGGUCGGACAUCAGCCCUUCUGCAGCAGGGGUGCCAGCGACCAACGGGCCAAAUGCUGGCACUGCUCUGGUCGGAGAUGACGCUGGUGAUGGCAGUCAACAACACUAGUGGCAGACACUUGCACAGUGGAAGCGGGGGUUGAAUGGCGGCGGCACAUGGUACACUUUCUUUGAUUUAUAUUCCUUUCACAAUGUACACCUUUUCUAACCAAU